AUGGCCUUCGAAAGUGUUGACGCACGAUCAAAGAGGCUGAGCGCCGAGGUAUCCUCAAAACUGAAGGGGACAGUCAUGGUCUCCUUGGAUUCUCUAUUGGUUGAUCCUAAAACAUGUCCUGACCCGAAAAACGUGGGCCGUCUUGCCAAAAUCUUCAAUUCAGAAGGCUGCGACCGCAUGAACCCACGCCAUUUCAUUCCGGGGAACGUACAAGAAGAAGUGCUGCAGGCAUCACUACGCUAUUCUGGCAUCACCCUACAUGAUCUACGGAGUACCGAACGACGACAUCUCCGCUUCCCACCCGGCUGUCACGUAGAGUGCCUCCAUGGGAAACACCGGGUGGCGGCACUCCGUAAAACGAAACAUGAGAAAUGGUGGACGGUCGAGCUCUAUGUCGAGAUCUGCAGCUACCCGACGAACUCGCUGGAUGCCAAUAGAUGGCGGUCGAGGCUUACCACACAUAAGAACGAAAUCCUAAGAAGGUUACUCAAGCAUCCCACGCUAUCACCGGCUCUCAGGAGGACGAUGCAGAUUCCAGGUUUGCGUCGAGGACUUCAGCUUGGGGUUUGGAGCAAGGUGCUAGCGGACAAGUACGAAGAGGAAGUCCUGCACGGCCUCCAACACGUGUACGAGGUGUGGAAACGCAUUCUGGGGUCCGGGGCAGCUCUGGAAUUCGUGGAUGGCGACACAGUCCGGGAGUUCGAGAGCCGUGCACCAGGAGCAUCACAGCGCGACUACUUCCACGUUUCCGAGGCUAUCCGGAGGAAUGUGGCUCUCCGGCGCCUGACCGAUGAUGAAAGACGACAGCAGGUGUUGAGCAAUCUCCAGCAGGUCGAUACGUUAAUCCCUUCCAUGUAUACCUUGCAGAAGGACUUCAAAUAUGUGCGCCAGUGCACAAGCGUCAUGAGAAAGCUUAUCUUGGGCUCGUCUCGGUUUCCAAUGACCGUUCAGGCUAUCGCUUUUCACGCGUUCCAAAGCGAGAAGCCAUCUGGGCAUAGCCACGAAGCAGAAUUGCUUGGAAGUAUGAAAUGCCUCUACCUGCAUAUCAUGCAAAACCUUGUUGAACUCUCGGGAGAGAACACCCUCUUAGAAGACGACGAAGCAAAGCAGGAGGCACGCCAAUAUGACCAAACAGCCUGGCAUCGGCUCGCGAUACGAGCUCGGGACCUAGGCUUUGCCUCGGGCGAGAUCACGCGACACUGUCAAUUAGAUCCGGACAUAGAGGCAGCGAAACGAAUCAUGCUGAUCGCUCGUCCGGCGUUAUGCUUCGCCUACGGAUCAAACUUUGAGAAGCUCGCAAAUAUAGUGGCGGGUGUGUUCAAGGAGGCACAGCCAAUACAGUUACAGGGCGUUCAACCCGCCCUCACCACGUCAUCCCUGGGUGAGCCCCUCGCGAGGAGGUACGGUCGCCAGUACUCCGGAUCUUACGCUCAGAAUCGCCAGUGUCUCACGGUCCACUGGUUCACCUGCCCAAUAGAAAAGGGUCCCGAGAUUACGUCUCUGUUCGUCAGGCGAUCUGUUUUCCAUACCUUUUGGGGUCCACACGGCAUCCAUCAAGAGGACAGCGUGAACGCAUCCAUGUCGGACACAUCCAUGUCGGAGUUGUCGGAAGUCGAAUCGGAUGCUGAAGAACCAAACCAACCAAACGGAUCUUCCGCUGAAGCUCCUGUCGAGGAUAACGAGAUGGAAGAUGCGCCCGCUCUCUCCCAGCUUCAGAAACGCAAUCGACCACGCAUGGCACGCAAAAGGCAACAGCAAAACGUAGGAGCCACCAAGGGAAAAAUACAAAAGAGAGGCCCUGACGGUGGAAGCUCAACAGUCACUGCGCUACAGCGGAGCCUACAAGUCAGCAAGCCUGCACCUCAAGAGACAGGUCUCGGGGACCGGAGCUCGGCACUCACCACGUUCAUUCCUGGCUCUCUAGGUCUCAGUCGGGAGGCGCAAGUAGCAAGUCAAGCCGUUCUGCGGCUCGAUGACCGAGAGAUGACGAUUCUCAUCCGACGGAACGGAGAUUGGGUGGAUGCGAAGCCAUGCCGCCGGCGGUCUAUCGUUGAGGGGAUAGCCCAGGUGGAAAGAGAAAAUGAAGGACGGGAAUGGUUCCUUUUCGACAAGGACGGUCGUGGUAUUAAGCCGGCGGUCUGUCCUACCCUUCCAGAUGACUUUGUGUGCUUGAACACGGAGACGAGUGUUUUCCCGGCACAAGAAAUCCUGUGA